AAUCUUUGGCGCGAAACUCCAAAAAUUUCACUUUCCCUUUAUCGUUUAUAUUCUUUUCACUCAUUUCUCCAUUUUCAUUUCAAAUUAGGGUUCCUCUUUUCAUCUCAGAUCUCACAUCUCACAUCAACACCCAUGCAAAUGGAAAACUCCGUCACAAUCGACCUAGAAAAUACUCCACCUCCUCCACCACUUCAAGAUCCAUCACCUAAUCGCCCAAAAUCCAACCCUCGAAAACGAAAGAAAGAGCUUAAUUCGGUGUUACAGAACCUACGUAGUCCCGAAGAGAAACAAUCUCACAUCGAAACCCUUGAAAAAGAGCUCGAAGGGUUGUUUGAGUACUAUAGAGUGGUUUUGAGUAAGAAAGUUGCUGUUGACCUUAAGCAAUGCGGUGGUUCUAGAAACGCUGUCGUUGCGGCGUUGAUGGAGGAGAGCGAACUUCCGUUGUCGAAGCUUGUUGAUGAGAUUCAUGGGAAGUUGAAUAGUGAGCUGGCGAAUGGGGGAAUUGUGUUGGCGGAAAGUUUUAACUCUGCUUUGGUGAAAAGUAGCGUGUUGUUUAUUGGACAGAGGAUGAUGUAUGGUGUUCCUAAUGCUGAUGCUGAUAUACUUGAGGAUCAUUCUGAUUCAUGUCUUUGGUGUUGGGAGACUAGGGAUGUUAAGUUGAUUCCAAAAUCUGUUCGUGGAGAGCUUGUUGUUCGACGCACUUGCAGGAAAAAGAUCCAUGAGAGAAUUACGGCUGUGUCUGAAAUGAUAGUGUCACUGAAGAAACAAGAGAGUGAGCCUAACUAUAAUCAAGACUUAAUUAAGACCUCAAAAAAGCUCAGUAAAACUUGUACCGAGGCAGAUAUCCGAGUGAUAGUUGAAGGCUUGUUGCAGAAAAACAGCGAUGACAUGGAUAAGAAAAAAGCAAACCAAGAAGAAAAAUUGCUAAUUAAACAGUUGGAUAGAAAUAGAAGAGAAGCUGAGAAAGAGAAAGAGAAACAAAACAUGCAAUGUGAACUUCAAACAGAUACACUUGCCAUUGAAGCGGAUUUGAAAUUGUCCCCAGGUGAGGUAAGGAGUGAUGAAAAAUGUAGUGAACAGAGGAAACAACAAAAGAAGCAGGUAGAGGAAGCAGAAAAAGAUCAGCGGCGUCGAGAAAAAGAAGAAGCUGAAUUAAAAAAGAAACGCAGUUUACAAAAACAAGUCUCAAUCAUGGAACGUUUUCUGAAAAAAAGUAAACCUAAUCCCUCUGAGAACGACAACGUUUUAAUUGAGCCAACUACAUCUGAUAUAAUCAGCAAGAGUGAAAGUGUGUCCAAGUCAGCUACUCUUUCAAUGGAUAAUGUUCUUGCCUCAAGUGGUGAUAUUACACAUGAGGAUAUUCGCAGGUCACACUUUUCUUCAUGGCGCUCUUUAGGACAAUCAAUACGCUCAAACAGAAAACAGAGAUGGGGUUUACGUCAGAAUCCCAAGAUUGAACCUGUUAACAAACUUAAGCUUACAGAUACUAAAGCUGCAAUUCAUGAGGAUGAGGUGGGCAUGGAAAGUCAUGUAGACCGAUUGGGAGAAAGUAGUCCAGAUAGUAAUUCAUGCUCAAUGAAUGCAGACAGUACUCAUCCUGAUGUCAAGAAGUACUAUCGAGGGAGACAAUUAUUACAGUUUGAUAAGGCUCAUAGACCAGCCUUUUAUGGUUUUUGGCCCAUUAAAAGUCAUGUUGUUGGACCAAGGCAUCCUUUAAGGAAGGAUCCAAGCGUUGAUUAUGAUGUCAGCAGUGACGAGGAAUGGGAAGAGGAGGAACCUGGUGAAAGUCUUUCAGAUUGUGAAAAAGAUGAAGAGGAAUGUCAAGACGAAGGUUCAAAAUCUGAUGCAGAAAGUGAAGAUGGAUUUUUUGUACCAGAUGGAUAUCUCUCAGAAGAUGAGGUUGCACAAUUGGACAAACUGGAAACAGAUGUUAGCCUUGAGGAGGCUGAUAGCUCAAAUUGCUCUAAAGAUGACCUAGAGACUGAGGAGUUUUGUGCUUUGCUACGACAGCAAAAAUAUCUUAACAAUUUGACAGAGCAUGCUCUUCGUAAAAAUAACCCUGUGAUUAUACCAAAUUUUGUUCAUGACAAUGAGGUUUUGGUAUUGGAUCACAAUAUUAGUGGAACUCCUAAGCAGGAGCAGAUGUGCUUGCAAGCCUUGAGUAUGUACACAAUUCCUGGUAGCUCAUAUAUAGAAUUGUCAACAGAUAAAAUGCAAGACGAGGACCAAGAAUCCUCCCCCUCUACUGGCAAAGGUGUUGCUACUCCACCGUCUGAUUUGGUUGCCAUACAGGACUCAGAUCUACCUUUAAUUGUGACCACUAUUCAGAGUUGUUCUCAGGGCAUAAAUAAAGUGUUAGGGUCUUUGCAACAGAAAUUUCCUUCUGCUUCAAAGUCGUUACUGAGGAAUAAAGUACGAGAAGUAUCAGAUUAUGUUGAUAACCGUUGGCAGGUGAAGAAAGAAGUAUUGGUUAAGCUUGGCAUGGUAGUUAAACCUGAAAAGAGCAGCGGGGGACCAAGAAGUAUUGCUGCAUUUUUCUCUAAAAGGUGCUUGCCACCUGCAGGUGAAAGCGUGAAACCUGGUGAAACUUCACCUCUGCCAUCCCUGAAAUCAUUUUCUGCCGCACAUGAUCCCCAAGACAGCAAAUCACAUGAUAUCUAGUAUCCGUGUUCUUGCUGGAGGAUGGCAUUUUUGCUUCUUUUAGACUUUCCGACUGUUUUUGUAAAAAUUGGAGAUGGUGGGUUUCACUUGAUGCUCGUUUAUGUAAGGAAGCUUCUGAAAAUCAUUUGACAAUACCGUCUUACUUUUCUGUAAUGUUGGUUAUAUUGUAAAUAGUAUUUCUAAGUCUCUUUGGUGCCGUCUCUAGACUAUGACAUGAUAUUAUGAAUUCAUAUAUGGAUUUUGCAAAAGACGCCUUGUGUAAUGCACAUGGCAUUUCAAAUUAUUUAUUUGUUUCAAACUUGAA